AUGCGUGAUCCAAUAUCUUUUGAAGAGAUUCACAUUGUUGAUGGGAUUCAAUAUUCAAGUUUCCGUGAUACGUGUCAUGCUCGUGGUUUGAUCUGUGAUGAGAAGGAAUAUAUUGAUGCCAUAGUUGAGGUCUGGUAUGUUGUUUGGACCCAUUUGUGUGAUGAUGCAGAGUACAAUCAGCGAAGAGACUUACAAAAUCCAAAUUUAUUGUUACCAGACAGUGUGAAGAAGAUGUAUGGUUUGGUGGAAUUGGAGAAACUUUUGUCGGCGUGCAGUAAGAGUUUGGGCGAUUACCCAUUCAUGCCUGUUCCUGAUAUGUCUAGCUUGAAUAUUUCUCAAAAUCGAUUGUUAUCAGAUGAAUUGUCUUACGAUUGUGCUAUGUUGAGCAAAGAACAUGAUGACAUGGUGCAAAAGCUUACUACUGAGCAAAGAGAUGUUUAUGACAAAGUUAUGACAGCCGCUUCUGGUACUACUGGUGGUUUGUUUUUUGUUUAUGGUUAUGGAGUUUUGUGGUUGACAAAGAACUUGAGGUUGCACAGUGUUGGUACUGAUGAUGAAAUGAGAGAGUUGUUUGCUUUUGCUAACUGGAUUGCUUCAAUAGGUGAUGGUCAAGCUGGUGGUCCAAAAGAUGGUCAUGUAGAAGUUCCCAUUCCACCUAAAAAUUUGUUGCAAACAAAUCGUGGUCCAAUCCAAGCAAUUGUGGAAACACCAACUCUUGAAGUUGUAGAUGAAGUUAAUAACUACAUGAGCAACUUGAAUGUUGCGGAGUGUAGGACCUAUUUUAGUUCUGAUUCAGUUUGCCCCACUAAAAGCACCCCUGAUGUUGUGGUUGGGUUGCACAUGCCGGAGUUACUGAAUGUGCUAAAAUGUUCUGGGUUGCCAAAUCAUUGCUUGACAUUGAAGUUUGGGUCUCCAGUUAUGUUGUUGCGCAAUAUUGACCAUUCGUCCGGAUUGUGCAAUGGGACAAGGUUAAUUAUUACAAAAUUAGUAGACCAUGUUGUUAAAGCUAAGCUCCUAUUUGGCACUACUGCAAGUGCCAAAGUUCUGAUCCCACGCCUGUCGAUAACACCAUCAAACACUACAUUGCCAUUUAAGUUUCAAAGAAGACAAUUUCCAAUGAUGCUUUCUUAUGUAAUGACAAUGUCAAGGUCAAACGAUUUCUACGGUCGGGCUACUUCUUAA